UGAAUGUUACUAAUUUUACAAAAGUACCAAUCGCUAAUCAUUACAAGUAUGGGUUGUCUACACUGCAUGCUUGGAUUAGAUGUUUUGAGUGUUUACUCCACAUCGCAUACCGUUUAACAUUUAAAUGCUGGCAAGUUCGCAAAGAAAACAAAGACGCCUUUUCUGCGAAUAAAGUUAGGAUUCAAAAGAUUAGGCUUAAUAGUGGACCAAGUAAAGACUGGAUUUGGAACAACUAAUGAUGGCAACACAGCUCGCAAUUUUUUUUCAAAUGCAGAAGUGGCAUCAGAAAUUACCGGCAUUAAUAAAGAGCUAAUUCAAAAUUUUUCAAUAAUACUGCGAUUAAUAUCGUGUGGAAUGUGUAUUAAUAUCGACGCGUUUAGAGAGCUCCUUAUAAGGACAAGAACAAUGUAUUUGACUGAAUACGAAUGGUACUACAUGCCUAGCAGCGUGCAUAAAAUAUUGAUGCAUGGGUGUGAGGUUAUUGAGUAUUUCGAUCUACCAAUUGGCAAUUUUUCAGAGGAAGCUCUGGAAGCUUUACAUAAACACAUACGUAUCGUACGAUAUGAUCAUACACGUAAAACUGCUCGGGAGCAUACAAACAGAGACUUGAUGUCAUACUUAACAAUAUCAUCAGAUCCUGAAGUAGUUUUUAAAAGGAGUGCUAUCCCAAACAAAAAUGCAGUUUAUACAAUGGACGAGCUGGAAGAGUAUUUAGUCGAUGCUGAAGAAACUUAAAAGUAAUAAGUACCCU